AUGGCCGAGUUUAUCGAGUGCGUCACGCCGGUUCUGUAUGCGGUCUACCUUGCCGUCCUGUACCAUCUCCCGACUGCUGCUUACUACCCGCACACGCGCUUGCUGACGCCUGAAAAGUUCGCAACUACAGAGACAAAUCUCAUUCUUUACGCCCUGAUCGAAAUCUCGUUGUUUGUGGGUCUGAAUAUUCUGCUCAGAAGGAAUUUUGGGUUUUCCCCGCUCUACCAGCUUGCGUUCGUGUUCGAGACGCACGUUCGCACUCUCCAAAGUCAUCUUUUCGUUUGGGUAUUGUGCAUCUUGCAGAUCACUCUCGUCCACAAUGGUAAGAUGCGAAGCGAUGGCUGCCUCGUCGUGGCUCGGAGGCUAAGACAGGGGUUUUUUGUUUGCUUGUGUAGGUGUUGA